AUGACCAACCCCAGCAACCUUCCGCCCCGGGGAGACCUUCCACCUUACGCUACCUCGCAUCCACAAGACGUCGCAGCUCUACAGCUUUGCCUGCCCACGUACUGGAACAAGGACCCGCAGGUUUGGUUCACCCAGGUCGAAGCCUGCUUUGAUCUACACCACAUCACCACGGCGACUUCACUGUAUCGCCACUUACUUGCCAACCUGUCUCCUGAUGUUUCUCACGAGGUGGCGGACGUCAUCGCUGCACCUAUGGGGGAUGCCCUGUACAAGAAACUUCCAAAUCAUGCCAGUGCCAGCGUCAUGGUGGAGCGGCCAUACCGCUCGCUCAAGUCUGCCCUCACUGCGCCCCUUGAUCCGGAGCACUGGGUCGACCACCUUCCUAUGGUGAUUCUGGGCCUACGCGCUCUCCUUCGUCUCGACAUUGGCUGUUCUCCGGCCGAACUUCUCUAUGGUGCACCUUUGCGGCAUCCUGGAGAGUUCGUUCCUUCGGACCCCUCGCCCAAGCCGCUGCAAGCGCUCAACAAGAUCACGCCCAAGGAUGUAUACCCUAUGCCUCGCAUUGACGAUGCCCUCGAUUCUCUGCAAGGUGCCGAGUACUUCUCAAGCCUGGACCUGCGUUCAGGUUACUGGCAAAUUCCGAUGCACGAAGACGACAAAGAAAAGACAGCGUUUGCAACCCCAGACGGCCUUGACGAGUUCAACGUCAUGCCCUUCGGCCUCUGCAAUGCUCCCGCAACUUUUUAG